AUGAAGAUCACGCUCGACGGAGCCAGGGCGGGGACGGUCGAGUUCGUGGCCAACGCUGGCCGAUCCUGCUUUCGCACCAUCGUGCUGACCAACGACUCCGAAGACGCCCAGCUCUUCAAAGUCCUCACGACGGCACCGACCCGGUAUCGCGUCAAGCCCGCGUCCGGCUCGCUGGGCGCGGGCUGCUCGGUGGAGGUGCACCUGGUGCUCACGCCGCAAGACGCGGUGCCCGACGACCUCGCGCAGUGGGCCAAGGAUAAGUUUCAAAUCAAGAACCUGGCGUUUUCGGACGAGGGCGCCUCGGCUGAGGACAUUGCAAACGCGUGGAAGGAGGCGGCGCCCGAGGCGGUGGAGGCGACGCGGCUGCGCUGCUCGCAUCUCCUCUUGCCGCUGCUGCGCCACUUCUCGCCCGCGUGGUGGGAGCGGUGGCUGCUGCCGCUCGCUUUCCUCGCCUCGCUCCUUCUCCUCGGGUACGUGGACCGGCUCUCGGCGUGGAUGCUCUCCGGCUCGCUGGGCGGGACGGUCGUCCUCGUUGCCAUGGCGGGCGGCUACGUCCGCUGGCUCGGCUUCACGCCGCCCACCCGCCUCGCCGCCUCUCGGUCCCUCGCCGCCUCUUGGUCAGGCCCGCCCGCCGCUGGGGACAAGCUGGCCGUGGACAAGCCGUCUGCGAGCCCGAGGAGGAGCAAGAAGGCGUGGUGA